AUGCUCACCAUGAAGGCGCUAAGCAUGGACCCAACGUUCCAUGAAGCGCUACCCAAGCGAUUGUCCCACUGGGUGUACGCGUUCCUCAACCGGCAAGGCCUUUCAAUUCGGCGCCCCGCUCGAAAGGGCCAAAAGCUCUCGAACCAUCUGAAAGAAAUCCGCGACGAAUUCGUGCGCUCCAUGCAAGACAGAUUUUCGGUGUUUGAUACCGUGGCGGACGUUAGUCGAUUUGUGAAUAUGGAAGAAACGCCCGUGCAUUUCGAACCCGAUGUGCACACGGCAAUCGCUCCCAAGGGCGCCAAGACUGUCUCAGCUCGUGUGUGCUCAACCCACAACCCAAGGAUGUCCGUGUUUUUGGUCGUGACGGCAACAUGA